GGCAUCUCAUGAAAAAGUGGGACUCGAUCAUGACAAGGCGGCUCGGCUUCAGCGAGGGCGCGUGCGUAAAAAACCUCGCAGUGGGUGCCUAUGUUUAUGAUGGGACGAGAGAGACGGAGAAGCUUGCAAACGCCUCUAGUAUAUAUGUACUCGAAGUCCUGAGCAAGGCAACAAAGCUGCUAGCUGAAAUAGCUGAGCAGCUGCGUCUUACUCUUAGAAGAUUAUCCUCUGGGACAUUCGGGCAUUUCAGUUUUUUGUCAUCCCCUUGGUUACUCCUUUUUUCUUAGCUAUGGUCUGUGCAGCAUUGUCAUGGCCAUGAAGCAUUUCUUGGUGUUUCGCUUAGAGGAAGCAAUCUAGUCGCUCUGAACUUUUGACCUUCGAUAGAGCGGGCCCCAUCUAGAAGUCUCGCCCAUCGCAGUAGGCACUACGCCGGCAGGCGGAGUAGAAUGCUUCAAUUAUGUCGCCCAGGAGCUGCAAUAGGAGGAAGGCCCCCAGCGCUCCUCCUAUGAGUAUGAGGGCAAGUAGUAGAAGCAGUUGCAAACGCUUCGACACUGGAAGCUUCAAACCUUUCGCGCAAAAGUCGCCGCAGACAUUUGAAAAAGCGCUGCUUUUUUGCAAAAAAAGCUGCUUUUUUCAAAUGUUGUAAAUUUUUUCCAAGCUCGUAUCUCGAGAACCACUCCCGAAUUGUUCGAAUGUAUUCGCCAACCUGUUCAAGAGUAUUAGUAUUUGGAACGCUGUAGGAAUUUCAUCGAACGCACGAGGGAGGCGCGCUUUUUUUUGCAGCCUUUUGCAGUUUGUCUGACCAUAGGAAAGCGAGAGGGCAUUCUCGUCUAAUCUUUCUUCCGCUACAACGGUAUGAACUGGCUCACAUCAUACACGCCAGAGGUGCAGGCCGUGGAUUUUCAUGUGUUACCUUAAGGCAAGAACCAAGGCAAGAACCUGGCAGGCUUCUCCUAUAGCCCAGCCCCGUGACUGCUGCUACUGCUAGAGACGACAACCUCACGCACAGCGUGGCAAUUUUUGGCCAUCCGCUCUCAAAGGGAACAAAAGGGCGCGAAGGAUGGCGGCGCCGUCACUCCUUUUCUGCCCCCUAUGUGAAUUCCGGAAGGAUAAGUAGAAGCACUACAAAGGGCGUCCGCGAUAUUCACUUCGCAGGACUGUUACCCCACGAACCUUAAAAUAAAUAGGGGAAGUGGCUAACUGUAUUACCCUAGGUAGAUCCCCUUCAUCUAUCUGAUAGGUAUAGACCACGAGUGCGAGUAACGGGGGGCCCUACUAAUCCUCGGAGGAGUACACUGAUAUCAUCCAGAGCAAGGCCGGCCCCGUGCAGUGGUCAAACAUCUUGGACGAGUAUGGGCGACUUCUUGCGCUCUCAAAGUCUUCCAAAAGUACGAAACCAGUCGUGAAGCCGCUGCCGUCUAGGUACAGCGCAAGAAAUGGCCUUGCGGUGGUUUUCUCGCUCGGUCUAACUAUGAA